UUUUUGUCAGGAUAGCAUACAUAUUUUCUGUAUCUUAACUACUUACACACAGAAGAAAAAAAUCAUUGAAUAAUUUUAUGGACUGCAUGUUAUCACAAAAUAAGCUGAUUCAAGGAUGUGUUUUCAUAUUGAUUUAACAUUCUACAACUGCGGACAUCAGCUGCGCAUGCUCAACUGAAUUUCCCAUCGGACGAAAUAAUGAAACGCCAAUUUCUAAUCCUGCAGAUUCUUCUUAAUUAAACUCCACACUAGAAUUGAACGCAGCAAUUUAUUUUAUAACGAAGAGAUAACAAAUGUUAAACUGAUGAAUAACAUCUUCAUUAUCAAUGCUCGACUUUGUCUCCUUGUUUAUAUGCGUCGUCUUCAGAGAUAACACGGAGACUAAUCGGACAGCGACCAGCGCAAACGGAGACAUCUCCCACCGCAGAAACAUUAAAGGUAGUUAGGCGAAAUCACGGAUAAUUAAACAUUGUAGGCCUGUCCAAAUUAAGGGAAAAAAUUUCCAGUCAUUUAGUUGUGUGUGUGAUCCAUUCGAAUACGUGGACGCUAUAAAAUGUCUUCGCAACAGGACAAAGAGUAACCACUUGGAAACUUGUAACAAUUUUGGAAACUUCGAGGGUCUCCAAAAAGAGGCUUUUGUGCAGUAUUCCACAAAACAUCGAGAGAAAAAACAUGUAUAGCGAUCGCUGGGCCCCUCCGUCAAAGGAGAACGAAAACGAGGCUCUGUGUCUGCUACACGGAGAUCAGCAACUCACUAUGUUCUGUCGUGAAUGUGAAAUACUCACUUGUAAAAUUUGCUGGAAAGAGAAACAUUGCGGCCAUGAGCACACGGACCCGAAGAAAAAAGCCGAUGAACUCCGAAUUCAGCUGGCGCAGAGGGUCAAUUUUGCUCGAAAGACAACCUUACCCAAUCUGAGGAAAAUGGCUGAAGAGAUCCGAAUAAAUCGAGAGGAAUAUAUGAAACAUGGUGCGUAUUUGCGACUAGAAAUUACAGAUAGAACAAAACAUUUAAAAUCACAACUAGAUUUAAUAUGUGAAGCGAUUUUAUCCGAUUUAAAUGAACGAGAGGAUGCCGAUAUGAAGUCGCUAGAGAAAUCAGCCACAGCUGUAAGGGACGAACUGGAACACACAGCUGAUCUAUUGACUGCUUCUGACUUAGAAAUCAAAAGUAAAAAAGACGAACUUUUUAUAAUGUUUGCUCAGGAGGCCAUCUCUAAGUUAACCAGCGUACAACCUACCAAGUCAUUUAAGCCGAUUUGUCCUCCUACUUUCGUUUCAAGUGAUUCUAUUAAUAGAAGUGCAAUCGAGAAACUUUACGGGUAUCUACAACAGGAGAAUUCAACAACUUAUCAGGAGAAGGAGAAAAAUUUUCAGAAUUUGCAACUUCCGGCCAGUCACGUCAAAGUAGUCAUUGGUCACGUGACAAAUUUGACACUGGCGAAUAAUGAUGCAGCAUAUUGCAUUCGAACACUUCCAAACGGUCACGCGUGGGUUGGCACAGGUGCACAGUCGGUAAGAUUAGUGGACGCUAAGGGGGAGGUACUAAAUGAAGUAUUUUUAGAUUUUUAUCCGUAUAAUCUUGCAAUACUCAACGACACACUACUUCUUUCUAAUGGACAAUUAAUCAAAGCAAUAAGAAAUGGUGAAAUAUCCGACUUUUUUAACGCUGCACCAUUUUACUCUCAGGGAAUAUGCAAAACAAACGAAAACGAAAUCCUCAUAUGCCUGGCAAAAAGGGAUGAAGGGAAAAUUCUUCGCUUGAAUAGCUGUGGAAAAUCAUUGCAAAAAAUUCAAUUCGAUGCCAGUGGAAAACCUUUGUUUCGAAGUCCGACAAAAGUUUCCGAGAGUUCGCGUAACGGUGAUAUCUCUGUGUCGGACUCUGCCGAAAACAGCGUCAUAGUUGUAGAUAAAUCCGGAUGUCUACGAUUCGUUUACCGUGGGUUGGAGGGCGACACGUUUUCGCCAUUUUACGUCACUUACGAUUCCUUCGGAAACCUCCUCAUUGGCGACAACAGUCAUUUCCGGAUUCAUCUCGUGGACAAAGAUGGUUUCUUCCUGCAAUAUAUACUCACGCUGGAGGACGGUCUCUACUCACCCUGGGGACUCGACGUGGACGAGAAAAAGAAUCUGUGGGUGGGGACAUUGUCCAGUAAAAUCUGGAUCGUGGAAUACAUAGGCUCAUAAUAAAGUCUGGAUCGUGGAGUACAUCGGUUCAUAGUAAAGUCUGGAUCGUGGAAUACAUCGGUUCAUAGUAAAAUCUGGAUCGUGGAAUACAUCGGUUCAUAGA